GUGUUCUCACCGCUACACGAGAUUACACCACAACAUUACUCAUUAUAAGUUCUGCUGAAUUCAUAAUUUUCUCUCAGGACUCGUGGUAGAGACUAGAGCAACAAUGAAGGGAGGAAGUGGAAUAUCCCAGCUGCUGCUACUACUGGCUCUUCUUUACUUGAGCGCGGGACAUUCCUGUCCACCCUGUAAUCAUAAUGAAUGUCCAGAGAUGACGUGUCCCAAUGGCAUAGGCACCGACAUGUGUGGCUGCUGUCCAAAAUGCACCAAAGGCCUUGGUAAACCAUGUGGAGGCAUCUGGAAUCAUGCUGGCUCGUGUGAUGAAGAAUUUAUAUGUAGUAACCCGCCAAACACUGAUAAUCAGGAACCUGGAGUAUGCAUGCUGAAGGAGGAGACAGAUCAGAGGCUGACUUAUUUCCUAUGAGGACGACAACUGCCAGUUCUUCCUAUCAAUGACCUGCGGCUAUUAUCUUUUACAUAGCUAAAAUGUUGCCCUAAUCCUGUGAAUUUUAGAACAUCUGUUAAGUUAUUCUCAGUGGAUCCGAGACACAGGUUUGAUCCUGGUGGCUGGACCACUUGUCUGUCUCUAUAAUAUGUUGACUACAACCCACUGGAUAACAAAGAGAAAUAAAGCUGUCAAACUAAGUUCGCUACACAGAUCUUAUUUAAUCUUAUUUCCUGCUAUCAUUCUAGAUAUUUUUAAACUUUGCGUCAAAGAAUCUAAAUUCACGGUUAAUGGUAAACUGAUUAUUAAAAUUAUGAUAUCACA